ACCGUUUCUCGGAUAUGGUAUAAAUAAAUAUACGCUGUUAACAGCCGGGUUUUGCAACCAUCAGCAGUUUCUGGAAAUAACUUAUCCGAAGAUGUUUGAUUGGCCGAUGAUAUGUGGGCCUAUCGUAGAUCCAUCUGAAUAUGAUCGCUGCCCUACUCCACCGGAUUGGGAAGAAGAGGACAACGAUGAUGAGGGUGAUAUUUCCGUCGCUGAAUCGCCUCUGAAGAAGGCAAAAACCGAUGGCUCCGAUGAGGAAAACACUGAUGGAGAAGAAGCUGGCAAUCACCCCCACUCGGAGGCAGUUUUCGAUAGUGAUGAAGAAAGGAAUAAGUUUUUAGUAUAUCGUGACAUGGUUUACAAAUAUCAAGGUUUUCAUAUGGAUAUCAACCUAGUUCCCGAGAGGUGUGUGGGUAAGAUUUUUCCUAUCGAUCUCAAUAGUGAGUACACAGACGGGUACUAUAAAAUAGGAGUCCCUACAGCAGCUCGCUUGGCCGUUGAUUUUUAUAAUGCCAAGGCUGAUGAUAACAAGACUCCAAAGCUGGAAUAUGUUGGGAUUAAGAAGGUUAAUCACCUGACAAAUGUGUUAUACAUAACCUUUAAGGCGAAACUUAAAGAUUCUUCUUCUGAAGAACUCCAAACUUAUCAAACAGCAGUAGUGUAUGCCACUAGUAGCAACUGUCAGGUUGGGUUUGUCCGACCAGAACCAAGACACCACAAAAUCAAAGGUGAAGAUGACUGGCUCUUCCGUGGUGAUGAUGGUCCUAGCUAGUAAUUGUGCAUAAAUUGCGUUCCGUAACUACUCAAGUAUCAGAGACAUUAUUGCAUGCAACUUUGAAUGAAUUCAAUCUCUUGUUGCUGCUGUGUUAAAGACUUAGCAUAUAAAUUAUGAAAAAUUAUUGCAUGCAACUGUUGCACCAUGUCAUACGUGCUACAAUUAUCAUGUGAAAAAGUUAAUAAUAAAAAAACUAAAUGAUAAUUAAAAGAUUUUGUAUCGCAUGUUUAUUGGUUUGUUGUAAAUAUGACAUGGCACAACCACUGCAUGAGAUAAACAUUUAUAAA